GCGAAGGACUAAAAUCCUUGAAGAAUUUGAAGCGGAAGUCAAGCAAUAGGUAGGAUUGCCUUGCCAAUUGGAGUGACGUCACUCAAAUGGAGCCUGCUUUUCUAAAAUUACAAGAGCGAUCAAGAAAAAUCUAAUACGGACGUUUACGGUCCAUUUUCCAUCAAUUUUACAAAACGAAAGUGACUGGAGAAGUGUGUGUGUGCUAUAAAUCUAGUUCCACCGAACUGUGAAGAUAGCAUAAAUAUUUUUUUUAAUUUAGUUACAGUUGCGAAGAUUCCUUCAUUUAUUGUCCAAAUGAAAAUGCAAAGACAGCGCCCACCAAGAAUCAAAUAGAAAAAUGCCUGUUGUGUCUCAAUCCCGUUUUACCCCCACGUCCUCCCCCAUUACGGGGUGCAGAUCUUCCCUCACAUCCUCUUUAGACAACCCCUACUACCGCAGUAGUGAAACAUAUGUCACCUCAACUCUACGCCGUAGUUAUGGAGAUCGAACUACCGAAAUUAGAUCUAAAUAUUCAGACAUUGACGGCAAGAGGGAAAGAAAAACCUCGCUGGUGGAGUAUUCGAGGACAUCUAGAGCACCAAGUGUGACAGACUCGGAUAGCGGGAUUUCGAGAUAUAGAACAGAAAGGAGUGAAUCUAGAUCUAGAGAUGUGUCCACUACGAGGAGCGAAAGCAGCAGAACAAAUGAUGUCAACAGGAAAAGAAGGGACGUCCUCAGCUCGGCGGCUCUUGCUAUGUCGACCGCUGAGCUCUACAACAAAUACUCGCCUGCAAACUAUGUGCCGCUAACACAACGGAUUCAGAAAGAGUACGAGAUUUCAAGAUCUAAGUCCAUUUCGAACGAUAUAGGCCGCCCUCCCGCUUCCGAGUUAAGAAUACGAAAGCCGAGGACGGCUACCAUAUCCGAGAAACCGGAAGGCAGAAGAUACAAAGAAACAUCACCUACCCACCCACCAAUGUACAGCAAGCGAAAUUCUAUGACCAACGGCAUAAAAGAUAGCAAUGGAAACGAAGUGCCAUCCGUUUCAGAAAUACGAAAGAGAUUCGACCCAAAAAUGACAGUCACCAAACUACCUGUAAACGAUCCCAAAUACACCAACAACACGGUCGAGCAAUACCUUAAUAAACUCAAAGAUUGCGAAAAUGGAACGAGCGGAUAUACCAAAUUCAACUCGAAAGAAGUUGAACCUGUCCCAAUACAUUUGCCAAGCGAAAAGAAUGGCAGAUACGAAUCACCAACAAAACUAUCGGAUAUAACCAUUACCAAGACUAUAUCUGAACCAGUGUCUUUAGCGAAACCGUCCUUAGACAAAUCUAUGAUAUGUACCUCGCUUACAAAAACCGAUAAGCUGGCCAGUAUUAAGAGUCAACUAGACCCUAAUAACCCAAUCGGGAAGAUUUUAGAAAGAUCAACGGUUAUACAAACGGAGAAUGGAGACGUAGAAGAUAAGAGAAGUAGCCCUGAAGUUAGGAAUUUGAAGAACGAUAUAGAAAAGCAAGUAAAAACGCCGAAACAUACGUCGAAUUUCGCAUCCUAUAUACAGGUUUCACAGCCGGUUGCUUCGGGACUUUCCCCGAAAGCAGAUAAAAAGAAGAUUAAGUACAUCGAUACAGAACUAGAAGAAUCGCCGACUGGUUUUGAGAAUAAGACCUUUGAACACGAGAAUUACUUGAAAAAAAGAUCGGAAAAGUUGGAAGAUGGAAUUAACUCUAUGGAAACUAGUACUGAGAGCACGAUCAGUGAGCCGACUGAUUCUAGUUCAGAAACGCCACCGGCCCGAAGGAGGAUCUUGGAGAAAGACUAUGAUGAUAUCAAAACGGAGUUGGCUGGGGGUAAAAGUGGACCGAGCGGCCUACGCAGAAGUAGCGAGCCGCAGACAGACCAACAUUCUACUGCUAGUGGACUCAAUGGUCUCCGCAACAUCGGCAACACCUGCUUCAUGAACAGCGUGUUCCAAUGUCUGUCGAACACUCGCCCGCUGCUCGAAUACGUGUCGGAUGACAAGUACACGGCCGACAUUAACACCACGCUCAGCUGUAUGAAGGGCGCGUUGAUUAAGGCGUUCGCUAGCGUUAUUAAAGAGCUGUGGCGCAGUGGUGAGCGCGACACCGUCGUCAACACGACGUCGCUCAAGUCUCAGGUUCAACGUUUCGCGCCUCGGUUCAUGGGAUACAGUCAGCAGGACGCACAGGAGUUUCUGCGGUACCUCCUCGAAGGUCUUCACGAAGAUGUGAACCGAGUGACAAUCAAACCCAAACCGAUUUUAACUGAGAUCGACGACAGUUUGAGCGACGCAGCAAAGGCGGCGGAGGCCUGGAACCGCUACCUCCGCAUGGAGGACAGCCGAGUGGGAGACAUCUUCGUGGGCCAACUGAAGUCCACGCUGCGGUGCACCCACUGCAAACACGACAGCGUCACCUUCGACCCCUUUUGGGAUUUGAGUUUGCCGAUCCCGUCUCGCACGGGCAAUCUCAAGUUGCAGCAAUGCCUUCAGCACUUUGUCAAAGAGGAGGAGUUGGAUGGAGAUGAGAAACCGACGUGUUCAAAAUGCGGAGUGAGACGGAAGUGUCUCAAAUGGUUCACGGUCCAGAAGUUCCCUCAAGUCCUGGUGCUGCAUCUUAAGCGUUUCUCCCCCACCGAGCGGUUCCGGGGCAAGCUCAGCGUGGUGGUGGAGUUCCCUCUGACCGGCCUCGACAUGUCUCCUCUCGCGGCCAACAAGACCAGCUCGGCCGUCUACAACCUCUACGCCGUCAGCAACCAUUCGGGCACCACUUACUCCGGCCACUACACGGCGUACUGCAAGCACCCGUACACCGGGGACUGGCACGAGUAUAACGACUCCAGAGUGUCCCCGAUUAAGCCCCGCGACGUGGUGUCGUCGGAGGCCUACGUGCUGUUCUACGAGUUGGCCUCCUCCACGUAGCGAACGCCCUGUGAGUUCUUCAUUCUGUGUAACUCUCGUGCCGAGGUUGAGUCUCUACUGAGGCAAAAGUCUCCGUCUGUGGCCUCGAGAGGAGAGCUUCAUCUAACAGAUGGGAUGACGCAGACGAAUGUGUUUCCAGAAUGGAGUGCCGCGAAGGCGACGGCGGUCGUUUGUCCUCGAGUCUGCCGUCUGCUGUGAACAAACUAACAUUACACGUGUACCACACGCGACCGAGCUUUUGUGGACGGAUAGAUUUAGAUCAAUAUGCCCCAAACGAUCCGACGAUUCCGGAUUGGAACCGUUCGGUGACCGUGGAAUAGUUUUAUCGCUGGAAUCGUCGGUCUCUUCAGACACCUAAUAGUCAUCGUGUGACAGUUCUCAUGUACAAAACGGCUGCCUUAUUAAGUAGCGGAUAGAAACGGAUGAACAAAUAGUGAUAGAAGUUAGUCGUAGAGGUCGCUUUCCCGUCGGCAAGAGACGAUUACAUUGAAACCUUGUUUCCUUUGAGUUUUGCGUAUACGCGUCGCGAAAGCGUUCGUCGUGUGUCGUACACGUUCGUCGUGCCUAAUCAUUUAAACGGGGCGUUGCUGAUGUUUCGAAGGUACAUUGUACGCAAUGCUCGUUCGACGUACCUUCCAAAUAUUAUCGAAACAGCCCGUACAGUGCUUAUUUAUUAAUUUAGGUUAAAUGUAAAUAUAUCAUCGCGCCGUGUCAUUGUUUUUUUAUAGAAUUUUGCAUUUCGUUGCGUCAAUUUGUAUCAAACGGCGAUUGCAAAAUUCUACUUACAAAUGAACGUUCGUAAUUCACCAAAUCAUUUAUGGAUUUUUGGUUAUGUGAAAUCAGAGUCAGACGUUAAAUGGACGCGCGUCUAAAAUUAAAUAAUCCGUCCAAUAUGUAUAUUAUAUUAUAUACACGUAUGGAAAACCAAAUGUUCGUAUUUUGACGUGUCUCGUGAUCUUAUCUCAAUUUGGGCAUCGUUUAAAAUGUCUAUACUUACUAAAAUUAGUUAAAUAUUACUUGAAAAUGGAUAUUAGCUUAAUUUCCUUUCUACUAGAGUGUAUCAAAACUCUUGACAUUGUAUAUUAUUUGAACCUCCAAUAUAAUUAGUCUAACAUUUAGACGCGCGUUUAUGUUGUAACAAUAUAUAAUACGUGAGUUAGAGGCGAAAGGAGAAAAUCUGGAAGAAAUAAUAUAUAAAAAUAUUUCACGAUUUUGAUAAUCCAAAGGUGCUUCUGGCCAUUAUCACCGGCUCAACGGUUACCUUUAACGAAAUCACUAUGAGUACAUACGGGAUUAUAUUAUUAUAAUUAAAGCAUUUAAAUAUUGUAUAUUGUUACAUGCGUAAUUCAAAUUUAACCACAGAAAUAACAUUUUGGUUGAGAUCCUAAUGAGAAGAGGAACUCUGGGAAAAUGUCAAUGUCGACUGUCAGUUGUGUGACGUUUGGCCGUCAAAGUUGACACUCGACGCCCGGUUCGUUAAGUUUAGUCCUGUUUCUCGAAAUCGCAUCACGAUCUUGAAUACUCGUAGCUCUACACUUUUAUGUUACCCUAAUGAUAGAGAUAGAUAGCGAAAGUGGUUCGAAGAGGUGAAACUUUAACCCAACCAACCGAUUUCCAUCGACCGGCCAUCGGCAAUCUAACUGGAACGGAGACGGCGCAAGUUUUAAUCCUACUAAAAAUUGGGAAAUGAUAAAAUACGAUGUUCGUCUCCGCUGCUUGCGGGUGACGAGUACUAUUUGUCGUGUAUUGGCCGGAACGAUGGCCGUCAGUUUAAUGUAAGUCGGUAAGCGCCUGCGUGAUUGUUUUUCUGUUUAUUUAUGUUUUGUAAUUCUAUUAAUUGUUGAUCGUUUUAAUGAUUUUGGGGACUUCAAUAAGUUUAAACUAAUGUCGGUGCCCGUUAGGAUUAAUUGUUUGUUGUCUUUGCAAAGUUUAUCAUCUCAGCCUAGCGCGAGUUUUAUUUAACUACAUUCUAAUCGUCUCGAAUAUACUUCUUUUAUGUGCUUACGGUAAUCUCCAUUUCGAGAGAAUCGACAUACAUUCGUGCACAUUCAAAAUACAUUUUAAAUGCAUUGAAUGUGUUGUUCUUGUCCAGGUUUAAUUGAAAGCUUCGGUUUAAGUACGGUAAAACUCACGCCAGGGUCGUAAGUUGGGGUCCCCAAAGUUGCAAAAGAAUCUUACUUAGCCAAAGAUUGUUACGAAUGCUGUAUUAAUAAUAAUUUAUUGUUCAUUUUUGAAAUCGCUGGGCUCCGGUCCAUUAUUGUAUAAUACAUAACAGAUUAUAUAGAUAUAUAUUAAUAUUAUAUAAAUGAGUAAAUUAUUUAA